GACUAUUUGAAAAUGAUGCUAGUAUGGGCCGUGGCCACAGUCAGCGUCGCCCCGCGAUUCGACGGACCUGUUUCGUAUUCGUAGCUGUCGUUAGAAUUGGAACAAAAAUUGUUUAUGUGCUUAUAAUAGAAAUACUCCGUUACUUAGUCGAAAAAAAACAAUUGUGUGCUUCAAUCUUGUGCAUUUUGUCUUAUUAUAUUUUUAUCUGCGAUUUUCCUAUCGUAGUGCAUUAUUUAAAAAAGAAUCGCGUCUUUAUCUUAGCACAGGGCUGAAGUAUGCCGGAAGAACAGAAGUCCGCUGGUGGUCAACCAGAAGUAACGGCAGAAAAUGGAACCGAUACAAACUCGCCAACGAAAAGUCCAAUCAGCAAAGGCAAAACAGCUCUUGCAAGGAUUACAUUGCUGGAUGGAACAGUGAAAGAUUUUCAUAUAGAUAGAAAGGCGAAAGGCCAAGAGUUACUUGAUAUGAUAUGUCAAAGUAUGAAUUUAAUGGAAAAAGAUUAUUUUGGUCUUAUUUACGAGGACAGACACGAUUCACGAAAUUGGUUAGAUCUGGAUAAAAGAAUUGCAAAAUUUAUAAAAAACGAACCAUGGAAAUUUAAUUUCGAGGUGAAGUUUUAUCCACCGGAUCCGGCCCAAUUACAAGAAGAUAUAACUCGUUACCAAUUAUGCCUUCAAAUAAGAAAUGAUAUUAUCACGGGACGAUUGCCCUGUUCUUUUGUAACUCACGCUCUUCUAGGUUCAUAUUUAGUUCAAUCAGAGGUCGGAGAUUAUGAUCCAGAAGAACAUGGUCGCACAUAUUUAAAGGACUUCAAAUUUGCCCCUAAUCAAACUCCAGAGUUAGUGGAGAAAGUAAUGGAUCUGCAUAAAACGCAUAAAGGUCAAACACCCGCGGAAGCGGAACUUCACUAUCUUGAAAAUGCAAAAAAAUUAGCAAUGUACGGAGUUGAUCUUCAUCCUGCUAAAGACUCUGAAGGUGUUGAUAUAAUGUUAGGUGUAUGCUCAUCUGGACUUCUCGUAUAUAGGGAUCGAUUGAGAAUCAACAGGUUUGCUUGGCCAAAGAUAUUAAAAAUCUCGUACAAAAGGCAUAAUUUUUAUAUAAAGAUCAGACCAGGUGAAUUUGAACAAUUUGAAUCGACAAUUGGUUUUAAAUUAGCAAAUCAUAGAGCUGCAAAAAAACUAUGGAAAGUAUGUGUAGAACACCAUACUUUUUUCAGGCUCAUGAGUCCUGAGCCUGUAAAAAAAGUAGGUUUAUUACCACAUUUGGGCUCUCGUUUCCGAUAUUCAGGUAGAACUCAUUACGAAACGAAGAAGACUCCCAUUGACAGACAACCUCCACAAUUUGAAAGAUCUUUAAGUGGUCGUCGUCCUACAUCUCGUAGUAUGGAUGCAUUAGGGGGUCCUAAACAAGUUGAAUCUUACGGUUCAGAACCAAGUAAGAGGCAUACAAUGAGCUAUGAACCUGAAAUGAUUCCUGAUAUGGAGCAUAUAGAUCAACGGCCUAGUCCAAUUAAAAAACAAAAAGAAAAGCUCACACGCAAAACAAGUGCUGGAACAACAUCAGCUAGCAGUACCAGUAGCCUGGAAGGAGAAUAUGAUGCAGAUCGUGGCAAAAAGGCAGAGACAUCAGAUGAUGGUAGAGCUCCAUAUAUGACAGCAACUGCUGUUACUACACGUACUGCUACAAUGCACGAGGAUCUUGAAAAAAAUCAAAAAACCAGUCAGGUAGAGGAAAAAACUGUAGCACAUACAACAGCAACCAGUGCAACAAGACAAGAACAGAGAGUAGUAACUCAAGAAGUUCGAACAACAAGUCAUGUACUUUCUGGUGAACAGCUGUUCUCACGAAGGCUCAGUACAUCCAGUUCAAGCAGUGAUGAUUCAGGUACUCCAAUUGACCUUGAAGAUGAUCAGCAGGCUUUCUACAAUCAAUAUUAUCAGGGUGAUCCAGCUGGUGUUAUUGAAACUGAAACACAUGUUUAUAAAGGAGAACCAGAGAGUAAUGUAACAACUACUACUACAGUUCCAUUAGUAGCAACUGAAACUAGAAAAGUAGCCGUUGAAAGUGAAGAUGGUAUGUACAGUGCAACUGGAGAAAUAGUUAGUUCUCAGACAAUAUCUAGUAAAACUCGUACUGUUGAAACGAUAACGUAUAAAACUGAAAGAGAUGGAGUUGUAGAAACUCGUGUAGAACAAAAAAUAACAAUACAAUCAGAUGGUGAUCCAAUUGAUCAUGAUCGAGCUUUAGCAGAAGCAAUUCAAGAGGCAACAGCAAUGAAUCCUGAUAUGACAGUAGAAAAAAUAGAAAUUCAACAGCAAACAGCGCAGUAAUUUGUAACAAGUCAAAAAUUACUUUUGUAAGAAAUAAAGGGCACUCUUUAUCUAAAAGACUCAUAAUUCUAAGAAAGAAUAAAAUAAAAAAUUAAAUUGAUAUGCAUUUAAAUAAUGCAUAAUAAAUGAUUUAACUUAGUUUUACUAUCAUCAAAAUUCAUUUAAAUAAUUUGCCAAAAUAAAGGCAAUAAAAAAAUAACAUUUGCAUUUAAUAAUUAAAAUGUAUUUCUUAUAAUAAAUGUUGCCCAAUAUUAUGAGCUUGAACUUGAUUAAAAAUCAAGUUAUUACAAAAAAGAAUGUCAUGGUACCUUGUACCAUAAACUGCAGUGUUCAUAUUCAAAGUAUGUAUUGUCUACAUACACAGAGGCAUAAAUAUAUAUUAUAUAUAUUAUGUAUACAUAGUUAUAUAUGUACCUAAAUGAAAAAUAAUUUGUUUAUAACUAUAAUCAUAUAACAGAGUGCCCUAUAAACUUACAUUAUAAUAAAAUCAUG